AGAGCCAAAGAUGUCGGCUCGGUCAUGUGAUCAGCUUUGUCCAAUCACAGCUGAUCACAUCUGUCACACUGACAGAGGAGAGGAGAGCCGGUAAUCAGCAUCCCUCGGAGGGGACAUGUACACUGAUCAUCAGAGCACUGAUGAUCAGUGUGCCCUGAUGAUCAAUGUAGCCCCAGCAGCGCCACCUGUCAGUGUCCAUCAGUGCCAGCUGUCAGUACUCAUCUAUGCCACCUACCAGUGCCCAUCAGUGUCACAUUGCAGUACCUACCAGUGCACAUCAAUGCCACAUAUCAGUGCCCAUCUCAGCUGCCUUUCAGUGUCACCCAUCAGUGCCAGUCAGUGCCACCUAUCAAUGCCAGUCAAUGCUGCCAUUCAGUGCCGCCUAUCAGUGCCAGUCAGUGCCGCCUAUCAG